AGUGAACCGGCAUCAAUUCUUGAACGUCCUAGACAGCGUAUCGUGGAAUUCGACGACAGUGGACAGAGCAGCGUGACGUAACUGCGCAAAGGAUCGAUUUAUCGGAACUGCGCAUUCUCCAUACGGGUCCAGGGCCGAGCGGCUUGAAAUCUGAAAGCGACGUUACUCGCCGCUGAGCUAGCGGACGGACCGUUUCGUGCGUGGGAUUAGCGUCAAUUGCUAUCGUGUCUCAAGUGUCAUUUCCAGGUGCAUCGCAAAUACAGAUCGUGAUCAAACUUGCCAAUUUGAUUAAAGAGGUGGUGUUGAUCCUGUUCAACGUUCUCUUCAGGAUGUGGUGUGAUCCGCCUGGCGGGUGCAGGGCCCCGUUAGCCUUGCUGAUAACAGCGAUGAUGGCGUUUACUAAUGUAUUCGCUGAUGACGAAUCUAUGGGGCCGGUUUUUAUCAAGGAACCACCGAACCGAAUUGACUUUUCCAACGGCACUGGAGCCGUGGUUGAAUGUCAGGCUAGAGGAAACCCCCAACCGGAUAUUAUUUGGGUUCGAACUUCUGAUGGAACAGCUGUCGGCGAUGUCCCUGGCCUUAGACAAGUACUUCCCAAUGGAAAUUUGGUCUUUCCACCGUUCAGAGCCGAAGAUUAUCGUCAAGAGGUACACGCUCAGGUUUAUAGUUGCCUUGCUCGAUCUCCGGCAGGAUCUGUUCACAGUCGCGAUGUUAAUGUCAGGGCCGUGGUAUCUCAAUAUUUCGAAGCACAAGUUUACGACGUAUUUGCUAUCCGUGGAAACGCAGCUAUAUUCAAAUGUCAGAUUCCAUCGUUUGUGGGCGAUCACGUUGACGUUGUUGGUUGGAUUGAUUCCAAUGGCGGGAGUUACGUUGCCGAGAAAGAGUCCGACGUGGUCGGGCAGCGGUACGCAGUGAAUGUGAUGGACGAACAUGUCCUUCGGGGGAAUGCGGCUAUUCUCAAGUGCCAUAUUCCAAGCUUUGUUGCUGAAUUCGUCGAGGUCGACUCUUGGGUACAAGAUGAAUCUACUAACAUAUACGCUAGGCCAGAUUAUGAUGGAAAAUACUUGGUGUUACCCUCGGGAGAAUUACAUAUCAAAGAUGUUGGUCCAGAAGAUGGUUACAAAACUUACCAAUGCAGAACAAAGCAUAGAUUGACCGGUGAAACUAGACUUUCGGCUACCAAAGGACGUCUGGUGAUUACCGAACCAACGAGCAAUGUUGCUCCACGCGUAGCUGGUGAACGUUACGAAGAACCAACAUCUAAUGUUGUUCCAAAAUCUCCAGGAAAGAAAUUCGAAAGAGAAUUACUUUCCGCAUCAAUGAAACAAACUGUGGCAUUAGGUUGUGCUCUUCAAGGAUUUCCUGUUCCUGUUACGAGAUGGUACAAAUUUAUUGAUGGAACCAGCCGCAGGCAUCCAGUUCAGUUGAACGAGCGCGUUCGCCAAGUAAGCGGUACUCUGAUAAUUCGAGAAGCUCGUGUAGAUGACUCUGGAAAGUACCUAUGCGUCGUUAACAACUCUGUUGGAGGAGAGAGUGUUGAAACUGUUCUUACUGUGACUGCACCUUUGGCUGCGGAAAUUGAACCUCGAACACAAACUAUUGAUUUUGGAAGACCAGCUAAAUUUGUAUGCAAUUUUGAGGGAAAUCCAAUCAAAACUAUCUCUUGGCUAAAGGAUGGAAAACCACUUCAAUUUGAAGAGUCCAUUCUCACAAUUGACGCAGUAAAGAAAGAGGAUAAAGGAAUGUACCAAUGUUUUGUUAGAAAUGAUCAGGAAAGUGCUCAGGCCACUGCUGAAUUGAAACUUGGAGGACGCUUUGAACCACCACAAAUUCGACAAACCUUUCCCGAAGAAACUCUACAGCCUGGACCCAGCGUCUUUUUGAAGUGUGUUGCUAGUGGAAAUCCUACACCAGAAAUUACAUGGGAACUUGAUGGAAAACGAUUAUCCAACACUGACAGACUCCAAGUUGGACAAUACGUUACUGUCAAUGGCGAUGUCUUCUCACAGCUGAAUAUUUCGAGCAUUCAUACAAACGAUGGUGGAAUGUACAAGUGUAUCGCUGCUUCUAAGGUUGGUUCAGCCGAACACUCUGCACGUUUGAAUGUCUAUGGUCUACCCUUCAUUCGUCACAUGGAUAAGAAAGCUAUCGUAGCCGGAGAGACACUGCGUGUGACGUGCCCUGUUGCUGGCCACCCUAUCGAAACCAUAGUUUGGGAACGAGAUGGCAGAGUUCUACCCAUAAAUAGGAAGCAGAAGGUCUUUGCCAAUGGUACAUUGAUCAUCGAAAAUGUCGAACGAAUGAGCGACCAGGCGACUUAUACUUGCGUGGCAAGAAACGCCCAGGGAUACAGUGCAAGAGGAACUCUAGAAGUACAAGUUAUGGUUCCUCCUCAGAUUGUUCCAUUCGAAAUAUCAGACGAACCUUCAAAUUGGGGUGAUUCGAUAUCUGUCGUUUGUUCUAUUGUAAAGGGGGAUGCUCCAAUUGAAAUUUCAUGGGCACUCAAUGGUGAUGUAAUUGGAAAUAACUAUCCUGACAUUACUAUUACAACAAAUAAGAAGAACAGUUUACUUAGCAUUGAUCCUGUAAAAGCAAAACAUGCCGGAGAAUAUACUUGUACAGCAUGGAAUAGAGCAGGAGCUGCAAGUCAUUCGGCAACACUAGCUGUGAACGUUUCUCCACAGAUAGGUCCCUUUGAAAUUGCCGAAGAGGCUGUGAAUUGGGGUGACUCUGUUUCUGCAGUUUGUACAAUAGUUAAAGGAGAUUCACCAGUUGAUAUUUAUUGGGCAAUAAAUGGAGAACCUAUUGGAGAAAAUUAUCGCGACGUAUCUAUCACAACGAAUAAAAGAAACAGUCUUUUAAGUAUCGACUCUGUGUCUGCUAGACACGCUGGUGAAUAUACCUGCACUGCUUCUAACAGAGCCGGGGCGACAAGUCACACAUCUGUAUUAGCAGUGAAUGUUGCUCCACAGAUUGCACCAAUCACAGUAGCGGAUGAACCAGUUAACUGGGGUGAAUCCAUCUCUGUAGUUUGCGUUAUUCUAAAAGGCGAUUUACCAAUUGAUAUAUCAUGGGCUUUGAACGGUGAACCUAUUGGACAGAAUUAUCCAGACAUUAAUAUUGUGGCCACAACAAAAAGGAAUAGUAUUAUGAGUAUAGAUUCCAUCGCUGCACGACACGCCGGAGAAUAUACGUGUACUGCGUCAAAUAAAGCUGGAGCUACAAGUCAAUCUGCUACACUUGCUGUAAACGUGCCUCCUCGUUGGAUUCUUGAACCAACCGAUAAAGCAUUCGCUCAAGGUUCAGAUGCAAGAGUUGAGUGCAAAGCCGAUGGUUUCCCCAGGCCCCAAGUAACAUGGAAGCGGGCUGCUGGAGAAACUCCUGGCGAUUAUAAGGAUUUGAAAUUGAGCAAUCCUGAUAUCAGUAUUGAGGAUGGCACUUUGUCAAUAAAUAAUAUUCAGAAAACGAAUGAAGGUUAUUACUUAUGCGAAGCUGUUAAUGGUAUCGGAGCUGGGUUGUCUGCCGUCAUUUUGAUCUCAGUCCAAGCACCACCCCAAUUUGAGAUUAAGUUACGCAAUCAGACAGCUCGUCGAGGAGAACCUGCUGUAUUACAAUGUGAAGCGCAAGGUGAAAAACCAAUUGGAAUUUUAUGGAAUAUGAAUAACAAGAGACUAGACCCUAAAAGCGAUGCUCGAUACACAAUUCGUGAAGAAAUUUUGGCCAAUGGAGUUUUGUCUGACUUGAGCAUUAAAAGGACUGAACGAACUGAUUCUGCAUUGUUCACUUGCGUUGCCACAAAUGCUUUUGGAAGCGAUGAUACAAGCAUCAAUAUGAUUGUACAAGAGGUCCCUGAAGUUCCAUAUGGAUUGAAAGUAUUGGAUAAAUCCGGACGUUCAGUUCAGCUCUCUUGGGCAGCACCUUACGAUGGCAAUAGUCCUAUUAAACGGUAUCUUAUUGAAUAUAAAAUCAGCAAGGGAUCUUGGGAAAAUGAUAUCGAUAAAGUCUUGGUACCUGGCUCUCAACAAAAUGUAGCUGGUGUCUUCAAUUUGAGACCUGCCACAACUUAUCAUUUACGAAUCGUUGCUGAAAACGAAAUCGGUGCUUCAGACCCUUCAGAUACCGUGACUAUUAUUACUGCCGAAGAAGCUCCCUCAGGUCCACCAAGCUCAGUCAGAGUUGAUGCCCUUGACCAACAUACCUUGAAGGUGACAUGGAAGCCACCUCCACGUGAAGAUUGGAACGGUGAAAUUCUUGGCUACUAUGUUGGCUACAAGCUUUCGUCGGCUGACAAACCCUUCAUGUUUGAAACUGUUGAAUUUUCCAAGGAAGAUGGCAAGGAACACCAUUUACAGAUAAUGAAUUUGAAAACGUAUACUCAAUACAGCGUGGUUGUACAAGCAUUCAACAAAGUUGGAGCUGGACCUAUGAGUGAAGAACGCAGACAGCACACGGCUGAAGGAGUCCCUGAGCAACCACCUCAUGACACUACUUGCACGACAUUGACUGCGCAAACUGUUAGAGUUUCAUGGGUAUCUCCUCCUCUGAGUGCAGCUAACGGUGUAAUCACUGGAUACAAGGUAAUCUAUGGACCCUCUGACUCCUGGUAUGAUGAAAACUCCAAGGAUACUAAGAUAACAUCAUCCAGUGAAACUAUCUUGCACGGAUUAAAGAAAUAUACAAACUACAGCAUGCACGUUCUCGCUUUCACGUCAGGAGGAGAUGGUGUUAAAUCUGCACCCAUUCACUGCCAAACUGAACAAGAUGUUCCGGAAGCACCAGUUGCCAUCAAAGCCCUAGUAAUGUCUGCCGAGUCAAUUCUCGUUUCGUGGCGCCCACCAAGUCAGCCAAAUGGUGUAAUCUCCCAAUAUACCGUCUAUGCUAAAGCCGAAAAUCGUGAGGAACCAACCACCCAGAAAGUUUUGCCAAAUCAAUUAACUCAUGAAGCUACUGGUUUAGACAAACAAUAUAGAUACGAUUUUUGGGUUACUGCUAGUACGAAUAUAGGCGAAGGUCAAGCAUCUAAGAUUGUCACACUGUCUCCAAGCACCCGUGUACCUGCAAAAAUCGCUUCAUUCGACGAUAAGUUUACUGCAACGUACAAGGAAGAUGUUAAGCUGCCCUGCCUUGCCGUUGGUGUCCCUGCUCCUGAAGUAACAUGGAAAGUACGCGGAGCUACCUUGGAACCCAGCGACAGAUUGAGACAAUUACCGGAAGGAUUCCUUUUUAUAAAAGAAGUGGACAGAGCCGAUGCUGGAGAAUAUGCUUGUUACGUCGAAAAUUCAUUUGGCCAUGACACUGUAACUCAUCAGCUAGUUGUUCAUGCUCCUCCUCAUUCUCCACAAGUCACGCUAACAGCAACCACUACAAACUCAUUGACAAUGAAGCUCAGACCUCAUCCCACAGAUAACGCUCCGCUUCAAGGAUACACUAUUCACUACAAACCAGAAUUUGGAGAGUUGAAAACGGUCCAAGUUAGCUCGACGGCACAAAAAUAUACUCUAGAAAAUCUGUGGUGUGGUUCAAGAUAUCAAAUCUAUGUCACAGCUUAUAACGGUAUUGGAACUGGAGAUCGGUCAGAUAUUUUGAACACACGAACUAAGGGUUCAAAACCAAUAAUACCUGAGGCUGCAAGAUUCAUUGAAGUGUCGACGAACAGUAUCACACUGCAUCUGAGUGCUUGGUCCGAUGGAGGGUGUCCUAUGUUGUACUUUGUUGUUGAACACAAGAAGAAGCUUCAGCAGGAAUGGAAUCAAGUUUCCAACAACGUGAAACCAGGCGGUAAUUUCGUUGUCUUGGAUCUAGAUCCUGCAAGUUGGUAUCAUCUGCGUGUAACUGCACACAAUGAUGCUGGAUUUGCUGUUGCUGAAUACGAAUUCGCUACUCUUACCGUGACUGGUGGCACAAUUGCACCACCUGUCCGAGACACUGGAACAGAGAAUACGGAUGUCCGGAGGUAUUUCCCAUGGCUGCCUAGCUGGCUGGAUGUCAACGUUGUUGUUCCUGUCGCAGCGACUGUUGUCGUCAUUAUUGUUGGAAUAGUUGUCAUUUGUGUUGCACUGUCCAGAAGAACUCGUGGGCCUGAACAAACACGGCUCCGAGGUAUCUCAUCAGCCGACGAGAAAUAUUACGAGGGACAAUAUGAUGUUGUGUAUCAACAAACUGGAGUUGUUGGCGCUACUUUGGAUAAACGCAGGCCAGACCUUCGAGAUGAACUUGGUUACAUUGCUCCACCAAACCGAAAACUUCCACCUGUUCCUGGCUCGAAUUAUAAUACUUGUGACCGUAUCAAGCGAGGUACAGUGAUAAGUGGGACAGGCUCUUUAAGGAGCCAUUCAACUUGGGAUCCAAGAAGAAAUAUGUACGAAGAAUUGACUCAUUGUGCGCCAAAUAGAAGAUGCCCACCACCUCCCCAUAUGGGCAGUGCUGAAGGGCUCUCGCAUAGAGGCAUGGAGGAUGAGAUCUGCCCGUAUGCAACCUUUCACCUAUUAGGUUUCCGUGAAGAAAUGGAUCCGAGCAAAGCCAUGCAAUUCCAAACAUUCCCUCAUCCGGCUAAUGGACACUCUGGUACUAUGGGACCGCCUUCUAGUCAUCCUACCAAUGCAUCUGCCCACAGCAGAUCUGGAUCACAAUCUAUGCCCCGUCAGAAUGGCCGCUAUUCUCGCGUCCCAUCUCAAGGUGGUGGUCCCCACAACAUGUUUUCUCCUGAAUAUGAUGACCCAGCCAACUGCGCUCCUGAAGAAGAUCAGUACGGUUCACAAUAUGGUCAAUACGGCGCUCCUUACGAUCAUUACGGAUCUCGUGGAUCUGUUGGCCGUCGCAGUGUUGGAUCAGCACGAAACCUACCUAUGUCUGGUUCUCCCGAACCCCCACCACCACCACCAAGAAAUCAUGAUCCAAACAACUCGAGUUUCAAUGACAGCAAAGAAAGCAACGAAAUUAGCGAAGCAGAAUGUGACCGUGAUCAAAUAAUCAACCGCAACUACGGUGUGAAUGCUCGCAGCAAGGAUGGCAUGACCACCGAGGAGAUGCGCAAACUCAUAGAGAGGAAACCAAACGAAGCUACCGGCAGGCAAACCAGCGGCCCCCCCGGCAGUCACGGCGGACUCCUCACACCCUACGAUACUGUGGCAGUGUAACUUGUAAAUCUCUUAUCUACACCUACGACCAUAGAAGAGUUGAGAGCCUAUAUUCAAUGUAUGCGGCAUGCUCACGAGUAUGUAAGCAAAUACCAAACAUACUACUUCCCCAGUGUUGUCAGUCCAAUUGCAACGACUUUAAAUUAUUGCCAUUGCGGUUAGCUAGAUUUGAUUAUCACAUAAGGAUUAAAUUACUAUGAUCUAAUGUAGAAAAUGAUGGCAAAUAUCUUGGAAAUUCUCUUUUGAUUAUAUUAUAAUGUGGAAUAUUAUAUACAUGAUAAUUAUCAAAAUUACGCCAAAUUACUGCAUUAAGCGAUUUAACAGCAAUGCUGAAUUUUCGACUAUAAACUUUCGAACUAUUUUAUGAGUAGCGAAGCAAAGACGUGUUAAAUUAUCUGAGGCUUAAACUAUCCACCUGCUGAAAAAUGCA